AUGGCAUCCAAACUCGCCCCCUUCAUAUUCCGCACUGUCGCCCGACCUGCCCGCAUAGCUACACGGACGCAAUGCCGCUCUUUCACGGCUAGCUCAAGAGUUGCGAGUGAUGCCCUUCACGUUCACCGAGAUACCCCCGUGAACAAUGCUAGCAUUCCUUUCAAAUUCACCGAACAGAACAACAAGCUCGUCGAUGAGAUCCUAAAGAGAUACCCUCCACAAUACAAGAAGGCUGCUGUCAUGCCCCUUCUCGACCUCGGACAGAGACAGCAUGGGUUCUGUAGCUUGAGUGUCAUGAACGAGGUUGCACGCUUACUGGAAAUGCCACCAAUGCGAGUCUACGAAGUCGCUACAUUCUAUACCAUGUACAACCGGGAUCCCGUUGGAAAGUGGCACGUACAGGCAUGUACAACAACACCCUGCCAACUUGGAGGCUGCGGCAGUGACGUGAUCGUCAAGACGAUUUCCGAGCACCUUGGUAUUAAGGCUGGACAGACAACCAAGGACGGGCUUUUUACGUUCGUCGAAGUCGAAUGCCUCGGCGCCUGCGUUAACGCACCUAUGGUCCAAAUCAACGACGAUUUCUACGAAGAUUUGACCCCGGAAAGCACAGUUGCGCUUUUGACUGCUCUACAAGAAAGUGCGAAGUCGGUAGAGACAACUGCAUCCAGCCCAGAUGUUGAGGCUGGCAAGGGCGCAUUGACCGGGGAGGACAAGAAUGUUAAGAGCGGAGCGGAUGUUGGAAAAGACUCUGGGAGGAUAUACAAUAAGGGUGGUGUCAAGAUUCCAGCUCCUGGUCCAAUGAGUGGAAGGAAGACUUGCGAGAAUCUGGCGGGAUUGACAAAUCUGACGAGCGAGCCGUGGUCAACAGAGGUCUUCCGCAAGGACUUGUAG